GCUGAGAUUUAGAGAGUACAACAGUCAACUACAUCUUAGAUGAUAAAAUGUUCAUAUUUUGGUCCACUAAAAACAAACAUGACAGCAGCUUAAUGCAUGUUGAUAGCUUCAGCACAUUAUUGUCGUUGAUAACAGACACAUCUCCCAUCUGUCCAUCUUCUCAUGAGUCCACUAACCUGACUCCUUGUGGCAUCUGGACACUGAUAAAGCUGUUAAUUUUACAGGCUUCAAAAUAUUUACACAUGUAUGUUCAAAUACCAACAAACACUUUUUUUCUCUUUUCGGUACUUCUCCUCUCAGAAAACUAUUGUAAAAGUGGUUAAUAAAGUGAAUAACGUGUGUGGGACGAGCUGCUGUCCUUAUCCUGGCCGUCCUGAUAUGAUGAAACAGCGGCCCCUACGGGCAGACAAAGGCAUAGCAAGGGAGCUGACUUUCGCUCUUCUCUUUUAUUCUGAAAUAAAAAGGUGCCAUCGUUUUUAGAAUAAGCGCUGCAGGCCAUACACGUGAUGUUUUUUAGAUGUUUCGUUGAACAAUUAUUGCGUGUUAUUCGGAUACGUUCAGCAAGUACUUUUUUUUAUAUUUGGAGCCACAUUGUGUUGAUUAAAUUCACCUUCUGUGUUGAGGGUGGCCGACCAAGCGUUUAUUUUUGACGCGCUGGGAGUGAGAAUGUGUUGCUUCAAAACAUUGUAAGGGAGCACUAAUGCAGGGUUUACACUUCCUAUUUAGGAUUUAUUUUAAAUACUAGAAAGGAUUCCUGUGCCAUAGCUGCCAGCUUCUCCCUUCUGAUGGUACCCGAGAGAGAGAGAGCGAGAGAGAGAGCGAGAGAGAGAGAGAGAGAGAGAGAGAGAGAGAGCGAGAGAGAGAGAGAGGUUAGGAGCUCCAGAUGGUGUUUAAACGCAGACAGAAGGCUACAGCGAGGACACCGAGACAGGAGGAGGAGGAGAGCGCCGCGGUUACUGCGCACGGAGCCAGCUCCACUCAUCACCGAGGACAAAACAAGUCCGAAGAUCCCUAAAACAGCAAACUGACGAUUUAAGAGAAUAAAUGAAAAAAAACACACACCUGAUCAAAGGGCUUUUCCUUCAGGAGAAGUGAACAUCUUAAACGAGAGAGGAUCGGCGCGUCAGAGGAGAGCAAGCACGGUGGAGGUGGAGCAGCCUGUCCGCAGGCUGCAACAGAGACACGCUUAGAAGAAUAUCAAGAAAACACCUGAUCAUAUGUGUGGGAAGUUGCUCCUGACAUCACGGAUUGUGGCUAAACAGUGAAGUGAACUUAAAAAGCAGAAAGAGGAACCCAAAGUUCUAGCAAGAGGAAUAAAAGACUACAGCCCAGAAGACCUUCGUCUUCCUGUGGGUCCACAUGGACUGGAUCUGAGGACUUUCAUCCAUUAAACCGGACGCGUCUGUUGAUCUGAGAGGUCAUGAUGUGUCACAGGGAGGAUUUACACGAGUGGGACAAGUUCUGAUUCUGUCGCACCCUUCUCAUCAGAAGCUGUUUGCUUCAAAAACAUAAACAGAUAUUCAUCCCUGACUCCAACACCAAAGACAUCGCUUUUGUAGAGGAUCCAAAAGCUUUGGUUGUAUUUACUCAAAAAUAACAGAGAAGAUAAAUACCUCACAGCCUAAUUUUCUUAAACCUGGACCCUGUUUGAGCACCCAAAGGAAAAAAAAGACUACUUUACUUUCUACUGAUAAACUAAAAAAGGAAUAACAGAACAAAGGCUUUAUCCCCUUUCCCCUCCAAAUGAUGAGGAUUGAGACGAUAUAAACAGCAGUUAACAAGCUGUUGGUGUGGAUUAUCAGCUCGUUUCCUCAGCUUGACCUUCACAAAGUAGAAAAGUGCAGAAGGUUGGAACAAUGCCAGAUUCACCUGUGGAUGUAAAAACCCAGCCCAGGUCCACCCCACCUACCAUGCCUCCUCCACCCCCGGCUGUCAGCCAAGUAACAAGUCGCAACGCUUCAUUCACCCCAGCCACCAGUAAAUCAAUGCUGAAUGGGAGCAGCCACUCUCCUACGUCGCUAAACGGUGCUCCGUCCACUCCAAAUGGCUUUAGUAACGGGCCAGCAAUGUCCUCGACAGCCUCAUUAUCCAACCAGCAGCUCCCGCCGGCUUGUGGCGCCCGGCAGCUCUGCAAAUUAAAGCGCUUCCUGACCACGCUGCAGCAGUUUGGAAACGACAUUUCACCUGAGAUAGGAGAAAGAGUGCGCAGCCUCGUGUUAGGCCUAGUGAACUCCACUCUCACCAUUGAAGAGUUUCACACGAAACUUCACGAGGCCACCAACUUCCCCCUGAGGCCUUUUGUCAUUCCCUUUCUAAAGGCAAACCUGCCCCUGCUGCAGAGAGAGUUGCUCCACUGUGCCAGACUGGCCAAACAGACUCCAGCUCAGUAUCUGGCUCAACACGAGCAGCUUCUGCUGGACGCCAACGCCAGCUCUCCCCUCGACUCCUCUGAGAUCAUGCUGGAGAUGAAUGAGCAUGGCAAGAGAAGGACUCCUGACAGGACCAAAGACAGCUCGGACAGAGACGGGCUGCACCCGGAGCACCUGGCCAAAAGGCCUUGCACCAUCAGCCCAAGCCAACGAUUCAGCCCCAGUACCGGUCUGCCUGCUCACCCACCUCCCAACGGCCUCCCCACGCACCCUCCCAAUGGCCUGCCCCACCCACCCAACCCCCAGGUGGGACCCCAGCACUAUCGUUUAGAAGACAUGGCCCUGGCACACCAGUACAGAGAUGCAUUCAGACAUAACGAACACCGAGACGCCAGAGACCGGCACCGGCAGACAGCGGUGCACGGAGCUCGCCAAGAGGAGGUUAUUGAUCACCGUCUCACAGAUCGAGAGUGGGCAGAAGAAUGGAAACAUCUUGAUAAUCUCCUGAACUGCAUAAUGGACAUGGUCGAGAAGACGCGACGUUCCCUGACGGUGCUGCGCCGCUGCCAGGAGGCCGACCGCGAGGAGAUGAAUCACUGGAUCCGCCGCUACAGCGACGUAGAGGAGAUGAAAAAAGGUGGGAGCAACGGACAGCACUGCCUUCCUCCUCCUACUACUCUUCCUCCUCCUACUCCUCACCACAACUCCUCCUCCAACACAGCUAGCAGCAGCGAGUCACUGCCCAUAGGAACUCCCCCGGCUGCUGAAAGGCAGACAGGCAGACAGACAGAGAUCCAUAGAGACUUCUUACACCGGCCCCCCUCAGGAUACCUGCCUGAAGAGAUCUGGAGGAAAGCUGGUACUACAAGCAUCCCGCUCUCCCCAGCACUAAAGCACCUCCAAAACAAGCAGGAGGAGGCGGUGAACGAGGUGAAGCGCCAGGCCAUGUCAGAGCUGCAGAAGGCGGUGUCGGACGCUGAGAGGAAGGCGCAUGAGAUGAUAUCCGCAGAACGGUCUAAAAUGGAGAGGGCGCUGGCCGAGGCCAAGAGACAAGCUUCGGAGGAUGCACUCACGGUCAUCAACCAGCAGGAAGACUCCAGUGAAAGCUGCUGGAACUGUGGGAGGAAAGCCAGUGAGACGUGCAGUGGCUGCAACACAGCUCGCUACUGUGGCUCCUUUUGUCAGCACAAAGACUGGGAGAAACACCAUCACGUCUGUGGCCAAGGCCUGCAGGAGCUGCCAGGGGGCAGCAGUGUCCCUCUAGGAACCCCCUCUUCUUCCACCAGCUCGUCUGCGUCCUCCGGCGCUCCCCCGACCCACUCAGAGUGCUCUCCUCCAGGACCCCUGUCCCUGGCAGUCCAGAGCAGUAUUGUGGGGGGUGCUGGCUGCGGCAGUGGGAGCGUCUCUGCCAGCCCCAAAGAGAGCAGUUCCAGCAGUGCCUCUCGCUCCACGACUCCAGCGACCCCUGCACUACUGGACGCUACUUCUCGCUGACGUCCGGACCUCGUUGCACUUACUGAAAUGACAGUGCCCACACUCCACACAAAAACCAAACUGAGGAAUCUUCAUUGCACACUCCUCCCUUUCCUCUUACUCCAGAUUCAUUUUCAAAAGUAAUCCACCGGUUUCUCUCGCCUCUUCUUGAAGUUCUGCUUCUUUAACCACCGCAGCCACAGACACAAAGAUUCCAGUCAGGGUGUAUGUAGUGUGAAGCAUGCACAUUGCAGUGUCCGCUAUCUUGUCAUAGAAACAUAUCAAAUGUGUUUGCUGAGAACAUGAGCUUUGACUUGAAAAUGUGCCCUCAGUAAUGAAUGCACGGUAAAUAUUGUUAAGGGCUGUGAUGAGGCAGCACUGACUAGAUAACUCGGCCAAUUUACUCCUGGGUAGGAUUUCCCUUUGACAAAGCACCAACGGAAGAACGAUAACCAGCCCUGAGAUGUGCACUAACAGUCCAGACAGAUCACUGAUGUGGCACUUCUAUGCUUUCCCAACAGAGGCAGGCAGAAGGCAUGACCUUUUGAUCUUUCCUUACAAUGUACGAGGGAAGGGGUGCAACCUGCGAUGCGAUUAAUUCCUCAGAAACACAACUUAGUAUUUAUUAAAGGUUUCUUUCUGGCUUUAAGGGAAAAUAAGUCCAAAUAUUCUAAAUAAAGAAUAAUAGCGAUGCUGAUGACACAAAAAUAAAUGAAUUUUAAACUGCUGACUACCUUGCUAGCGAGCCAAGAAAAUCUACACCGGACUCACCUCUCUGCACCGUAACGAACCCAAAUAAAUUCAAAGAUGAAAAAAGUAACACGAUCCAAACCUUUGUAUGACACUGCCAAAGUGAAAACGUGAGCGAUAAAGAGAAGCACUCAUAACCAAACGUAAAGCAACAACACCUCCUCAGCAGAAAAGCCAGCCCCGAGAGGAUCGGGCUGCCUCCUGCGGUCUGGACAGAAACUACAGCAAAUCCUCGUGGCCCAGACUAGUGAGCAUGGACGAUGCUGUGAACUUGCCUACGUAGAAAGACUUUGGGAUGGAAAACCCUGCCACAGUGUGGUUCUUCUGUGAAUGGAAGAGAGGACACAACAAGGACAAAGGAAAGCUACACAGCCUCAAAGCAGACGAAGAAACGUUUAAGGCAACGGAACCGCCAAAAAACCUCAACACAAGCUUGAAAACGUUGUUGGAGAAGGCGUAUGAAAAGAUUGUUUGUAAGAUGUUUUUUAAGCUAAAAACGAGGAGAUAUUUCAAGGAUUUGCUCUUACAUUUACAUUCACUCCCUCCUUUUUCCAAAGCAUGACUAACAGUUGAAAGAGCCUAGCAAAAGGGGAGGUGAAAAGUAUUUUCUCCUCCCUUUCUACCUCCCCUCAUCCCACUCCUCCCCUCUGAGCUCUUCCCCAGCCUCGUGACUCACGUCCACCCUGAACCCGCGCUUGCUUUGGACAGAGCCACAAAGCAGGUCCUGUUGGGCGGAGGGCUGAACCUGCUUGUAGAUAUUGUUCCUCUUUUCCUUUUUUCAUUAACGUCUCUCAUUGCUGAUGCCACACGUGCUGCCCUUGUGUAUAUCCAAAAAAAGGACUUUGUUUACCUUUUGUUUUCAUCCUGGCUUGGGCUGAGCAGCAAAAACAGAGCGAGGAUGCUUGUUUAGGAAAGGAAGUCCCACAUUGUACUUAUUGUUUGAAUUGUAUCUAUAUUACUGAGAUGAAACCCCUCUUGUAGAAUAUUUUGUAUUGCUCGCAUUGUAAGACAGUGAGAGGACGGAGGUGCAAUAUGAAGAGAAUUCAGCUACUGAAUGGAACCUCAGCAACUGCCCAUAGGGUGUCAUAUAAUAUAGAUACAUAUAGAUAUAUUUAAAGUAACAUCAGUAACUUAAUGUGAAUGUACAUAGUAUUUAAAAAGGUCCAAAAAUGUGUUUGCCAAAUAACAAAAACCUUUAAAGUUCGGAUUAUGACUUUCUCACAGUGCGUUUGUUUCUAAAAACUUUUGUCACUCAUACAAGUUUAACGCUUUUUUUAAAAAUUUCAAAUCAAAGGAUAACGUAAUCCAGCCGUUAAUCCAGCCCGCAGACGAGGACUAAACAUCGUGUAUUAGUCUGCUUCUGAUAGAAAGGCUAGUUGGUAGUAAAAGAGGGUUAAAGGUCCUGGAUCGUGUCAAAUUUUUAGGAAUCAUCCAGUUUCGUCUGUUUUCUAACCUUCUUUUCCAGCCCAAGUUCCACUGUAGUAGCUCUCUUGGUCCUCAUCAGUCUAACCAUGUGUGAUUGACAUUUACCCCCCGUUGUGCAGGACAAGCCUAGCCUAGUGAACUAGACCAAAUUCUUGCUUUGCAAUUUAGUCUGGCUUGCCAGGCUAGGACAAGCCAUUAAUGGAGGGUAAAGUAAAAAGCCAGUGUUAAGCUCA